AUGGCCGGCAUUCCCCGCUGGUUCCCGGCGCUGCCGCUGCUGCCGCUGCUGCUGCCGCCGGCCCUGGCCCCGGCCCCGUUCCCCGGCUGCGCCGCCCGCGGGCUGUGCUGCCCCGGCCGCGACCCCGCCUGCCUGAGCGCCGGCCGCCGGCCCGACGGCUCCAGCGGGCCCUGCUACUGCGACCGGGCGUGCGCCCGCACCCUCGACUGCUGCCACGACUACGCCCAGGCCUGCCCAGUUAUCCCCUGCGUCGUGUCUCAGUGGAGUGCCUGGAGUGGCUGUGCAGAGCCUUGCAAGACCACCUACCGUGUCCGGACGAGGCGCAUCGUCCAGGGGCCCAGGAACGGCGGGGAAGCGUGUCCUGCCCUGGAGGAGAGGGCUGGCUGUGUCGAGUACUGGACUCGGCCGGGAACCGAGUGUCAGCAGGCCCUGAUCCCGGCGUUAAUAACCACGGGAGGCUUUGGGAAAGCCAGGAAGAGAAGAGCUGCAGCUGAUGGCAAUGAAAGGGCAGGGUACUGUGUGGAGUUCCAGCUGGUGGCCCUCACGCCGGGCUGCCUGCACGGCCAGCACUCGCACACGCGCUGGAUGCGCUACCUCAGGGAGGGACACAGGGUCUGCGUGGAGUGCCAGCCCCCGGCCCUGCACGCCCCGGGGCAGCACUGCCUGGGGGAUGGCACCGGCAGCCAGCAGAAUCAGCUGUUGCACUGGCAGGCGGUGGGGAACCAUCGAUGCAAGGGAACCUGGAGGAGAAUUCGGCAGCUGGACACUUGUUCCUGCCCUUCUGUUCACAGCUUCUUGUUCAUCUGACCUCUCCUGCAGUCCCAGCAAGCUGCAGCAGGAGCCCCAGCCACAGCAACGACAUCUCCGUGUCAGAGGCUUUGCUUUCACUGCCUUUCCAGGGGCACCUGGAAUCCUCUCGGUGUGUGCUCCUCGAUUUCCAAGGAAAUCAGGCUGGCUGGGAAGUGCCCAUCUCUUUUUUCCCUGAGAGAAUCUUGUCUGACCUUGAUGACUUCUUGCAAUUCCUUCUUCCUUGAAAGGAAUGAGAAUUUACCAAAUAACUAAUCAAACAAAAAAGGCCAUAAGAAGCCAGGUUUAAUUAUUCUUUUUUAAAGUCUCAAUGAAGAAUCAACAAUUCAAAAUAAAUUAAUCCAAGUGCCUUCUUUUUGUGGCAACAGCAUUUUAUCGGUCAAAUCUGCGAGAAUAGGGACAAACUGGCCCUUGGACUUCAGCUCCAAGGAACAUCUCUGAGCUGGCCCAAAAUGCAAUGCAGUCCUGGGGCUCUAAACAGGAAUUCAGCUCAGCUGUGCCAGGAGCGCUGACUAUAGCCUUGUGUUUUUGACAGGGAAGUAGUUGCAAUAUUUUCCUAAUUUUCUGCUUACUAAUAUUCAUACUUUUCUAUAAAUGAAAAAAAGAGACUGGAGAUAUUCUUCCAGUGUCUGUCUGUUUGAUUAAUCUGUGUGGUGCCAUCUCUUUAGCUUCUUAACCUGAUUUGUUCCAGACAGGAACUCACUGCAGGGUGAGAUGGUGGCAGUUCCAUUUGUCACCCCCAGCUGAGGGGCUGGGGCUGGCUCCAGCAGGGUUUUAAUGCUCAGCUCCAGCUCUGGUCUGGAAUUGGAUCACAAACCCCCCUAAUGGCCAUGCUGGAGGUCUUGCAGGGAGACAUCGAGGGGCACUGUGGAUUCGUGCUGCUGAGGUGUGGGGGCCACGAGAGCUCUGGAAUGCCCUUGGCAGUCACGGAUGCCCUUGGCAG